CCUGCGGGCUGGCCGAGACGGACUAGUCCUGUUCACAACAGGAUGUACUGAAGGGGGAAGACGGUUAUCGUAGUUGGUUGGCAUGCAGUACAUAGGGUCGGUCCAGUGAAAUUUCGUUUACUUUCUAGGGAAGAGUGAAUGUCGUAGACGAAUACCGAAAUGUUUUCCAGAAGUGAGAUAAGCAAAAGUGGAAGCAUGGAAAGACCUGGUUUUAAAGCAAAUGGAACUAUGACACUGCCUAGCAGCCCAACUGGCUCCACUGUGGGUCCACCUCUACCACCAGAAGACCUGAAUGAAGAGCCACAGUCAUCGCUUGCAGAUGUCACAGAAAUGUGGAUUAGAUUUGUUAAGACUUUUGCCAUCAUCUUUCCAAUCUACAUCUUGGGGUACUUUGAAUUCAGUUUCAGCUGGGUUCUGAUUGGACUUGCCAUGUUAUUCUAUUGGAGGAAAAACUAUGGCAAUAAGAACUUCAGGAUAAACCGUGCCUUAGCAUUACUGGAGCAAGAGGAUAAAGUAGUGAAGCAAAGUAUUCCCACUUGUCAGUUGCCACCCUGGGUCCAUUAUCCAGAUGUGGAAAGAGUGGAGUGGUUGAAUAAGACGGUGAAGCAGAUGUGGCCGUUCAUUUGCCAGUUUAUUGACAAGUUGUUCAGAGAGACCAUUGAGCCAGCUGUGAAGACUGCAAGCCCUUACCUGAGCUCCUUCUGCUUCACCAAGAUUGACAUGGGCGACAAGCCACUGAGAGUGAAUGGGGUGAAAGUCUACACAGAGAACGUAGACAAACGACAGGUCAUCAUGGACCUGGAGAUCAGUUUUGUUGGGAAUACAGAGAUUGGUGUGGAUAUCAAGAAAUACUACUGCAGAGCUGGAAUUAAAAGCAUACAGCUUCAUGGUGUGAUGAGAGUGGUGAUGGAGCCACUGCUGGGGGACAUGCCUCUGAUUGGAGCAGUUACUCUCUUUUUCCUCAAGAAACCACUGCUGGAUAUAAAUUGGACAGGACUCACAAACAUGCUGGAUAUUCCUGGUGUCAAUGGUUUGAGUGACAGCAUCAUCCAGGACAUCAUCCACAGCCACCUGGUGCUGCCUAAUCGUAUCACCAUCCCUCUGGUUGGAGAGGCCCACUUAGCCCAACUCCGCUUCCCCAUGCCUAAGGGUGUCUUGCGGAUCCACUUCAUUGAGGCCCAGGACCUGCUGGGUAAAGAUAAAUUCCUUGGCGGGCUGAUCAAAGGUAAAUCAGACCCUUAUGGAGUCAUUCGAUUGGGGACACAGCUGUUCCAGAGUAAAGUCAUUCACGAGACUGUCAACCCCAAAUGGAACGAAGUGUAUGAGGCUUUGGUGUAUGAGCACUCAGGACAGAAUCUGCAGAUUGAGCUGUUUGAUGAAGACACUGAUAAAGAUGACUUCCUUGGAAGUCUGACAAUUGACAUGGCUGAGCUCCAGAAGGACCAGAGGGCCGAUGAGUGGUUUGUGAUGGAUGAGGUGGCCACAGGGAAGCUCCAUGUUAAACUUGAGUGGUUGUCUAUGCUGUCUACACCUGACAAGCUGGACCAGGUGUUGAUGAGUAUCAAAGCUGAUCGAGGUCAAGCGAACGAUGGCUUGUCGUCGGCACUGCUUGUCAUCUUUCUAGAUUCAGCCAGAAACUUGCCGAGCGUCUUUGAAGGGAAUUUGGGCUCUGGCUUCCUAAAAGAGAGACGGGUGGCUGGCCUUGUGUUUUGCGAGAACACUGCCUCUCUCUAUAGAAGCUUAUUUCGCAAUCCAUUAGAGUUCAACCAGAUGGGGCUGAAGAAGGCCUCAGUCAGUAAGGCCAUCAAGUCCGGUAAAAAAGUGACCAGUGAUCCCAGUCCAUUUGUCCAGUUCACUGUUGGACAUAAGUCCUAUGAGAGCAAGACUAGAUAUAAGACUAAUGAACCUGUGUGGGAAGAGGCCUUCACCUUUCUUGUCCACAACCCUAAGACUCAAGAUCUGGAGGUUGAGGUGAAAGAUGAGAAGCAUGAGUGUUCACUGGGAACGUUGACAAUACCUUUAGGAAGCCUGCUGGAGGCCAAGGACAUGACGCUGAACCAACGUUUUCCGCUGAGGAGCUCUGGGCCCAGCUGCACCCUCAAGAUGAAAAUGGCUCUGCGGGUCUUAUGUCUGCAAAAGGACUCUUCCUUGUCCUCAGGCUCCACUCCAUCUUCAGUGCAGGUCUGCAGGUCCAGCUCUACCACCCGGACUCCACGGCCUUCUGUGUCCUCUGACACUCCCAGAUUUCCCAAUUCCACCUCAGAGGUCCCACGCUACGCCUCUGUGUCAGCCCAGGACCAGGUGCACAGGCACAGGGACACUGAAGAUCCAGCCAGGUCUCUAGGGAGCUCAGAGGUGGGUGAGAUUGGAGAAGGAGGCAUGGAUGAAGGUGGUCGGAGCACCUCCAAUCUGGCUAUCUCAAGCUCCCAGCAGUACUUGGCUGGAGCCAAGGAGCCAACACCGAGCAUCGCGUCUGACAUCUCGAAUCCCUAUGCGGCCCAGGAGCUCCAGCACAGACUACAGCAGCUGCAGAAUGGGUCAGGUCCCAGUUAUCUUCCCCUGGGUGAGAUCCAGCUGACAAUCAGACAAAGCUCUCAGAGGAACAAGCUCAUCGUAGUUGUUCAUGCCUGCAGGAACUUGAUUGCAUUCACUGAUCAUGGAUCAGACCCUUAUGUUCGCCUCUACCUGCUCCCUGACAAACGGAGAUCUGGUCGGAGGAAGACGCAAACAUUCAAAAAAACCCUCAACCCAGUGUAUGAUCAGACGUUUGAGUUCAGUGUUUCCAUCGUGGAGCUUCACAGGCGAACGCUGGAUGUCGCUGUGAAGAAUGGAGGAGGUCUGCUCUCAAAACACAAAGGGCUUCUGGGAAAGGUACUGGUGGAUUUGACUCAUGAGGACAUUACCAAGGGAUGGACACAAUGGUUUGAGCUGAGUGAAGAUGGCAUGAGAAAGCCACAUUAACUAUAGAUGGCGAAGACAAUCCCCAUCCUCAUCAUUUUCAGUAUAUCAUCACUAUAUUAUUAUAUCACUAUACUUCCACUUUAUUUUGUAUUUUGAUAUGUUGUGAUUGUAGGACAAAGAAACAGAAACCAGCUUUUGGCAUUCAUUUAUCAGUCGCAAGGCAAACAUCCCCUUUAACCAGAGACAGGGUGAUGAACUAAAGGGACUAUAUUCAUCAUGUAGAGUAUUUUAGAUAUUAUCCGUAUACUACAGAAGUUUAGCUCUAUAUUCCAUAUUUAUACCAGUUAUUCUGGCAACUGUAAAGUCUGUUUUUUUUUCAGUUGCACUAGUCUUCUGCCUUGAGUUUGUGUAUAAAAACUGACAAUGUAAAACUUUGUAAAUAUGUACAAUGAUGCUGGAUAAAACAGACAGUGUAUUUUAGAAAUAAGGCAGAGAUGUAUUGUCUUUGUUGGCCAAAUGAUUGUUUGUAAUUAUAUUUUCUUUUUUUUUUUUUUUUUUUUUAAUGAAAAACAUUAUGGAUAAAGCGUGUUAAACAAAACAGUUGAACCAGAAAGAUGCCACCAAAGAAACAAGUAUUUAACUUUUUUAUUCUCAUGAGCUUUGAUAACAGUCAGAUUUAUUUCACUGUAAAGUUAAGGAAAGGAAAUACUGAUACAUAUGGUGUUAAAAACUGUAUGAGGUCUUUUCUAUACAUUACAGGUGGAAUAACAUUGAAAUAAUGCAGAUGGAAAGUGAAAUGUUUGUUUUUUAAAUGCUUUAAAUAUUUACAUACAUAUUUCAGGAUCAUGUGGACUCUUACUUGGGUUGUGUUGGUCAAAAUGUCCCUUCUGCCAGGAACCCCUAGACCAAAUAAAUAAAAAUUUAAUUG